UGUGUCGGUGUGUGUCAGUGUGUCUCAGUGGGUGUGGUGUAUGCAGCAGUGGGUGAAUGGUCUUUUUGUGCCUUUUUAGCGUCCUGCUCAGAGACAGAGCUGACUUGUAGUGUGUCUGUCUCAGUCAUGUCAAACAACAGCGCCGCCAGCAGCAGCCUAGCUCUGGCUCAGAAGGCCGUGAAGCAGCUCAGACUGGAGGCCAGCGUCCGCAGGAUAAAGGUUUCUCAGGCUGCUGCAGAGCUGAAGACCUUCUGUUUGCAGAAUGCUCACAAAGACCCGCUCCUCACUGGGGUACCCUCCAGCGAUAAUCCCUUCAGACCCCCAAAGUCCUGUGUGCUGCUCUGAGCUGUGUGUGGAAAGUGAAAAACAUCCAAACAGAUGACCGAUCAUUGGAUUUUUGUCAGACGAUUCAAUGCAGAUAGGAAAGCAAAGACACUGAGAGUCACCGGAGCAGCUGAGCGAUGAAGCAGAGAAAUGCUGCAUUUAAAGGACUUCAUGUGAAGGACUGGUUCUGACAGGAUCCACCUUUCUAAAGACAUUUGGCCUUGAUUUGUUAUAUCCUGUGUUAAUAUCUCCAUGGCUCCUUCUGUUUGCAUAGAUCUGCUCUUUUUACACUGUUUGAGAAAUUUAAAAAAAUCUUUGAGUCGAGCUCGAAGAGUCCCAUGAAAGUCACACUGGCAGGGAGCAGAUUCCUAUCUGACUGCCUCGGCACCAUGCCUCCAGCACAUCUAAAAAUAUUCAACCCAUGUGUUUUUCUUCUCUCCUUGUGCACAUGUUUUUAAUAAACAUCCAAUCUGGGCCUCAUGUGAUCAUCUACAGCAGAGCUUCUACUGCAGUCUACCCUCAGGACCCAACCUGCAUGAGAACCAUGACCCACAUAGCCCAAAAGAAAAAACUAUCUUCAGUCCAGUGUUGUUCUGAGUGACUACUGAGCAUGGAUAGAUUUAGUGAUAGUGCAGCUGUGUUACAUUCAAAUUAAAACAUCAAUACUUCAAAUUAAAGGAGACAUUUCUCUCAGCAGAACACAGAUUCAAAUAUUCUAAUGCAGUGAUACUCAACAUGUGGCUCUUUAGUGUCUUCAUUUGAAACAUUAUUCCCAUUUUUCCCACUUCUUUUUGACGCAUUUAUCCUGCUUCUGCAUUUUUUCCCUUUUUUUUUUUUGCUUUUUCUGCCACUUUUCGCCCAUUUAAGCUACCUUUUGCAAUUAAAUGCCACCUAUUUCCCAUUUCGCC